ACAUUUAUUUUAUUAAUAGAAAAACAGGCGCACGCGCAGUAGUGACCUCCUAAUCUAAUAUUAUGGCUGUGACAUAACCUUUAAAAUACGAAUAAGCACCUAAGAGACUAAAGUUUCUUCUUACUCUUAGAUAAGCACAUGGUUAACUGCACAUUGAAACUUAAAAAAAAAAAUAAUAAUAAGUGCAUACAAGCAGCGUGAUUAUCGAAAGAUAUAUAUUUGAUUUACGAUGCGGCUUGGAUUGGUUCUAUUGCAUCUUGCUAAACCUAAAUUGCAAUAUAAAUUUCGAGGGAAGUAUCGUAAAGUUAAAAAACCAUCUAUACAUGAUUUAAUGGACAUGAAAAAGGACUUUGAAAGAGAAGAACAAAAUAUGUUAAUUUUGCGGCAUCCUUAUCUUACAAUUGAGCAAUCUCACGGUCAUAUGAAACAUAUAGAGAAAGAUAAGAUGUUUUUCGAUAAAUUUCAGGAAAGUAGAAAACAGGAAUUUGAAAAAACAAUCACUAUCGCUGAACGUUUAGCUCAUUUAAGAGUUACAGAACAAUGGGACUAGAAGCUUCUCAUAGAUGUAUGUAAUUUUAAUAUAAUUUGUAAAUUUUAUAGAUCUAUAAAAUAAAUGU